AUGAAGUUUCAACUAUCGAUAAUCUUAUUCGCUGCCAUUGCAUUAUGUAAUGCGAAAGUCUUCGAUAGACAAGCACUAUCAUAUGCUCCGAUCCCAGAGGAUAUCUACCAACCUCCUGCUAAGUCGGGAGAAACUACAUUGUUGGAUUUGAUCAAGUCCCGGGAUGAUUUGUCCGAGCUUUCCAAACUUGUUGAACAGACUCCAGGUUUCGCCCAGGCAUUUAGUACAAGCGCUGACUGGCAAUACACAUUCAUCGCACCGUCCAACGAAGCCUUCAAUAAUACUGGUGAAUACUAUAAGACAUUUUCCAGUACACCUAAGGGACGCUGGUGGUCUGGACAGAUGCUUCAACAUCACUACAUUCCCAACUCGCGUCUAUACACGAGCAACUUCACUACGGAAAAGACUCGAAUUCAACUGGGGUCUUAUCUAUAUGCAUCAGCUCAGAUCAAAGGCGGUGACCUUGUGCUUAAUAAUGUGGCCACCAUUGUCAAAGCCGAUAUCCCUGUGACUAAUGGUAUUGUGCACAUCAUUGAUCGCAUUCUAGCUCCCGAUGCGAUGAUCUAUGAGGCUGAUAUUGGAACAACUAAGCAAGGCUUUAUUCCUGGUUCUUGCUCCAACCCCGAUCUACCUUAUUGCUGA